AUAUCAAUUAGAAAUUUUAAUUUUUCUUUUGGUUUUGAUGAAGUUUUCUUAUCACUCCACUGACGAACAGUAUUCAUCAAGCAUGAGGAUUGAGGUUCCUGUACAGCAGGUGCUUUAUUAUGACACUUCAAAUGAGAAGUUUUCAUUGUCAAAUCCCUCAUUUCAAUCCAGAUAUGGCGAGGGGAUUAAGCUUCUAAAGCAACAAGUAUGUCGCAUCAAGUGCAAUAUUGAAAGUCAAAUGGGGUCCACAUAUAAAAAGGGAGUGUGUUACCUUGUGUUCAAGCUUUCAGAAAGUUGUAGCGGGUUGCAUUGCCCAAUAAUAAUUCGAGAUCAAUCCAACAGGAGAAGUAAAGAGACUGGAAUUCUAUAUUUUAGACCUCCAAGCCCAUGGAAUUUAGUUGCUACUGACCGAGUUCCAACAGAGAGGGGAGAUGGAUGGAUGGAGGUUAUAGUGGCGAUAUUCAACUCAGAUUGUCGUUUUCUGAACUUGAAACUCAUCGCUUAUGAAGGAACUAUGUCUGGCCUUAUUAUUCGUAACCUUGAGUUUCGACCAUCGUAAGGAUACCGCUAUCAUCUGUUGUAUGUGCUAGUGGCACUCGUUGUAAACAAGUUUUCUUAUUAAAAAAUCUUUUGUAAAGAUAAGAA